AUGGCACCUGUUACCAUCUGGGAUGAUAAGGCUCAUGCCGAUCUCCUCAUCGCCUUGCUGCCAGUGGUGAAGCCAACCAAGGACCAGUGGGACGAGGUCUUGGCCAAUGUCCGGGCGAAAGGAUACAACUACACCGCCGGAGCUGUCGUGCAGCAUCUGCAGAAGCUUCAGAAGAAGGAGGCCACCGUCGCUGCCGAGAACGGUGAGGGCAACGACGCCUCUGCCGCCUCCACCCCCAAGGCCAAGAAGACCGCUACCCCUCGCAAGCGCAAGACUCCUUCCAAGAAGGUCAAGGCCGAGGAGGACGAUGACGAGGGGGAGGAGAAGCCGGCCAAGAAGCCCAAGGCUCCUCCCCGCCCCGACUUCAAGGAGGUUAACGAAGCCGAGGCCGCUGAGGAGCUCGCCGAAUGGCAGUCCGUUAAGGCUGAUAUCUAA